GAGGGGAUCAGAAGUUUUCAUCCUAGUUUACAAAUAUUAAGGAACUGCUCAAGAAGUAGAGGAAUAGAUCUUAAUCAUCUGGAUUUAAGAAGAGCCAUGUCUCUUCCCCGACAGCUGCGAGAAAAGAGCGAUUUUGACCAGCUUCCAGAUGAUGUACCUGUUUCAGCUAAUAUUGCAGAUAUUGAAGAGAAGAAAGGCUUUACUAAUUACUAUAUGUUUGUCAUUGAAGUAAAGCUUAAAGGCGGUGGCAGAUACCUGAUUUUCCGGCGCUAUCGUGAGUUCUACGCCCUGCACACCAAACUAGAGGAGAGAUAUGGUCCAGAGAACAAUAACAGCCCAUUUACCUGCACACUGCCUGUACUGCCAGGAAAAGUUUUUGUUGGUGCCAAAAAGGAAAUUGCUGAGAACAGGAUUCCUAUCCUAAAUGUCUACAUGAAGAACCUACUCUGCCUCCCUGCUUGGGUGUUGAUGGAUGAGGACGUUCGGCUGUUCUUCUAUCACUCAACCUUUGAUGGUGAGCAGGUGCCUCACAGACUGAGACGGCUUCGCCCACGGACACGCCGAGUUAAGAGCAUUUCAGAUCAAGUGCCUAUUUUUGACCGCACCGCAGCUCCACGGGCUGAGGCACUGUUUGAUUUUCCUGGAACCAAUAAACUGGAACUCAGCUUCAAGAAGGGAGAUUUGAUCUAUCUACUCAGCAAAGUAAACAAAGACUGGUUAGAGGGAACUGCUGAUGGUGCCACUGGGAUUUUCCCAUGUGCUUUUGUGAAGAUCAUAAAAGAUUUACCGCAGAAGGAAGAAACCAUUAAUAAAGUUCGCUGUUAUUACUAUGAUGAAACUGUGAGCACUGUCAGGGAUAUCGCAGUGGAUGAGGAUCUGAGCAGCAUUCCAUCAUUCAAAGAUCUAAUGGCAUUGAUGAGGCAGGAGUUUAACCAAGAUGACAUUGUUUUGAAUUACCGGGACCUCGAUGGUGAUCUGAUCCGCUUGCUCUCUGAUCAGGAUGUUGAACUCAUGGUGUCUCAGAGCAGAAGAAGUCCCUCUGAGAAGCACUUUUUCCCUUGGAAGUUGCACAUCACUCACAAAGAUGACUUGGGUGUCUACAACACUAGUCCAGGAACAGGUGCUACUCAAACAGUAGGAGCAAUAUAAGUGCUAUAUAGAUAUCUCUCUCUGCAGGCAGUUUCCUUCAACAUGUCUUUGAAGUGUCCUUGAAAUGAGUAAUUUUUUAGUAAUAUAUCGCCUUUCAAUGUAAAAUCUGUACUUAGUUAACUUCUUCAGCUUUUUAGCACUCAUCUGCAGUAGAGACAUCUACAUAGAGACCAGAGAAAAUGAGGAAUAGAGGAAUAAAAUCACGGGCCAUGUUCACAAAGUUAGUCUGCAAUAGAGGUCUCCUGAGCCCCUAGACCUGCUCUAGUCUCUGUUCUCACUCCCAAGGCUAAUCAUUUGUCCAGAAUGUAUUCAUAAAAUUUCCUUUUUUUUUUCUGGACUCACAUAAAUUUCAUUUGCUUAUCUGAAGGUUUGUGUGCCACUGUGUAAUUAUUUAUCUCAUGUUGGAGUCUGAUUGGAUGUUCAGAGUUUGUCCUAGGAGCAUCAAGAAAACUUUUUUGGAUUUCAGUGAAGAAAUUGCAGGUCAUCUUAGCUUUCUUCUUUUCCACUGACCAGUAUAUUGAUUUCUGUGAAUCAAACCUAGUACCCAUGUGGUGUUCUGUAUAGACCUUUAUAUAAUUGUACAGUCUACUUAUUUUCAUGUUCUGGGAAAAUGUGUAGGAUGUCUAGUCAGACAGCAAUUUCUUCUCUAUCUUCUGCUUUGUGACACUGCAAUUCAAAGUAGAACUAACAAGAAAUUACUG